AAGCCCCGCCCAUCCACAGCUCCCGCCGCUCCAUCGUUGGAGCUCUGGGACUUUCACACCACAACACCGAGGAGAGAGCUCUCGGUGAAGCCGCAGCUCCCCAUCCAGUCCCACGGUUCGACAGAAGAGCUGGUCCGAAGGCAGUGGAGGUGAUGAUGGCGGCGGCGGUGGAUAGAGGAGGCGUUCGGGCCGCUUUCCUGAACCCGGGCAGCGGCGGUGGCGGCGGCGGUGGACCUGCACCAGCGUCCCUCCCUACCGGAGCGGCUCUGGGGGCUGUCGUCCCGGGUUCGGGCUCUGGUUCGGGCUCUGGCGCCGUGCCUGUGCCCAUGAACCUCUUCGCGACAUGGGAAAUAGACCGGUCGUCUCCGAGCUGUGUUCCAAGGCUCUGCAGUCUCACUCUGAAGAAGCUGAUUGUGCUCAAAGAACUGGAUAAAGAGCUCAACUCGCUGUCUAUAGCUGUCAAAAUACAGGGCUCCAAGCGGCUCCUGAGGUCAAACGAGUAUGUCCUCCCUCCCAACGGGCUGAUGGAGACUGACUUGGAGCUCACCUUCUCACUACAGUACCCCCACUUCCUGAAGAGGGACGCCAACAGACUGCAGAUCAUGCUGCAGAGGAGAAAGCGCUACAAAAACCGAACCAUCCUGGGCUACAAGACGCUGGCCGUGGGAGUCAUCAACAUGGCGGAGGUGAUGCAACAUCCCACCGACGGGGGACAGAUCCUGGGUCUCCAUAGCAACGUGAAGGAGGCGCCGCUGCGCGUGGCGGAGAUCAGCGUGUACUCUCUGUCUAGCCAGCCCAUCGACCACGAGGACGGCAGCGGCCAGGCCGGACGCAAGACCAAGGCCUCAGACCGCUCCCCAGACAUGGAUAACUACUCGGAGGAGGACGAUGACAGCUACUCCUCAGGGCAGGAAGCCAGCGACGAUGCCGCUCAUGGCCAGGAUCUCUACGAUGAGGACGACGAGGUCAGGAAGCCCAAGAAGGCGAGGAGGAAGAUGAUCCGGACCACCUCCAUGACGCGGCAACCCAACUUCAAGCAGAAGUUUGUGGCCCUACUGAAGAGGUUCAAGGUGACCGACGAGGUCCUGGACUCGGACCCGGUGGACCAGACCCAGGAGGUGGAGGAGGACCUGGACCUGCUCUACGACAGCCUGGAGGUGUACAACCAGAGCGACAGCGGGCCAGAGAUGGAGGACAACGAGAGUGUGCUCAGCACCCCCAAGCCCAAGCUUAAGCCGUUCUUCGAGGGCAUGUCCCACUCCAGCUCCCAGACGGAGAUCGGGAGCCUGCACAGUCAGAAGAGCCAACACAGGGAGCUGUCCUUUCCCAGCGGAGAGUUCCUGACCGUGGACAGAUGUAAAGUCACACCGGGCACCCGCUACCAGGACGACGUCAUCCCUGACCCCGUCAUCGGGGAGAUGGAGGCUGACGACAGCGGGCUGGGCCAGGGCCCGACCCAGGGGGAGGUGAGCGGCAGCUGGGACGUCAGCACCGAGCGGCUGGCCAGCACCGUGGGGAAGCUCUGCAAGACGGAGUCCCAGAACCACAUGUCUCCCAGCAAGGCGGAGAACAAGCUGCAGCGGCGUCCGCGCAGCACCUCCAUGAAGGACCGGCAGAACUCCAAGGCCCAGAGCGACCGCACCAGCAGCAUGGAGAGCGAGUGCUCCCCGGACUCCCGGCUCGGAGCGCAGGUCCCCAGGAAGUCUGUGUACGACCAGCUGAACCAGAUCCUCAUCUCUGACGAGCGCUUACCCGAGAGCAUCAUCCUCAUCAACACCAUGGAGUGGCAAGGCCAGUAUGUAGCGGAGGUGCUGCAUGGGCACGGCCAGCCAAUCGUGUCCACCUGCUCUGCUGCAGACGUCCAGGCUGCCUUCAACACCAUCGUCACACGCAUACAGAGAUUCUGUAACUGCAACGCCCAGAUGCCUCCCACCAUCAAGGUGGCGGUGGCGGGGGACCAGUGCUACCUGAGCACCAUCCUGCGCUUCUUUGUGGAGCAGCUGGCCAACAAGACCCCCGACUGGCUCAGCUACAUUCGCUUCCUGGUCAUCCCCAUCGGUUCCCAUCCCCUGGCUAAGUACAUGGCGUCGUUCGACAGCCGCUUCAACACCAUCUUCAUGGACACGGCCUGGAGGGACCUGUUCUGCAGGACAGAGCGGCCCACUUUAGAUAACCUUGACGUGGCGGGGCGCGUGGGCCAGUACCUGGCCGGCGCCAACGUCUCCCACCAGUUCCCCAUCUCAGAAGCCAUGCUCACCUACAAACAGAAGAGGAAGAGAAGUUUGUAUUUUGAUUUUUACAUCAGCCCCGAUGAGGACUCCUGCCAGAAAUUCGUGCCAUUUAUCGGGGUGGUGAAGGUCGGGAUCGUGGAGCACAGUCUCUCCACCUCAGUGGACUCUGACGACGCCAUGGUGGUGAACCCGGGCAUCCUAUCGUCGCCCACGCCGCCCGCGCCCGGCUCGUACGGCAAGGAGAUCGGCAACACGCCGCCGCAGUCCCCCUCCGUGUCCACCGCCCUCUCCGGAGCUGGUUCUCCGUGCUCGGGCGGCGAGGUGAUGGGGCUGCAGGUGGACUACUGGACGUGGCAGGGCCCGGAGAAGAAGAAGGAGGGCGAGAAGAGGGACGUGGGCCUGAAGAACACGCUGAAGAGCAACUUCCGCUCGCUGCAGGUCAGCCGUCUGCCCUGCGGGGGCGAGCUCACCCCCCCGCCCAGCAUGGCCAUGACCGUGGUCACCAAGGAGAAGAACAAGAAAGUGAUUUUCCUCAGCAAGAAGCCCAAGGAGAAAGAGCUGGACUCUAAGAGCCAAGUGAUCGAUGGCAUCAGCAGGCUGAUCUGCACUGCCAAGCACCAGCACACCAUGCUGAGAGUUUCUAUCGACGGCGUGGAGUGGAACGACGUCAAGUUCUUCCAGCUGGCCGCCCAGUGGCCCACCCACGUCAAGCACUUCCCCGUGGGCAUCUUCGGCUACACCAAGCCCAUGUGACCCCGGGCCGCCCCCCCAUCGCCCCCCGGCCCUUGUCCAUCCCGACCACGCCGGACCCUCCUCUGCACUUGUGUCCCCCCUGGAAGAGCUCCCGGGGGCUGGGGGUGAAGCGUCCCCCCCCCCCCCCCUGGUGGUCCGGGCCGCUCUAGUUUUCCUGUGGAAACCUUAACUGGCUCACACACACCCCCACCGCCCCCAACGCGCGCGCUCAGCCCGCCAGCAAGUUCCAUGUCGUUGAGUUGCUGCGUUUAAACUUUCAAUGUUGAUGUUGUUGAGGUUGUUGCCGGUUUUUUCGUUAUUGUAUAUUUACACACUACAAAAGAAUUAGAGAGCGAGAGAGAAAGGGAGAGCGAGAGAGAAAAAGAACAAGUAUCUAUUUUGUAAGAUUUGUGCUGCCACCUUGGGAAACUAUUUUGAGGUCUGAGAGAAUUGCCACAUUUCGAUUUGACGGCAGCUGUGUUUGCACUUUGUUUUUGUUAACAUUUUAUUAUUUCUGUGAAAUUCUCGUGCUAUUGUUACUCUACAAAACGGAGGCGUGUGACAGUGAUGUGCAGUGGUGCAUAUGAGAUUGCUGGAGAUUGUGUUUGUGUAUGUUUAUUGACGGUUGGAAUAUUGCUGUGAAUCUAGAUGGAAUCCUUUCCCUUCUAAUUAACUCAGUGUUCUGGUUUCUAAUAUAAUUUUUCACACUAAAGCAAAAAAAAAAAAAAAAGGAAAAAAAAAAGAUUUUA